GGUUGCGAACUUUCUCCAUCUUUCCGAGCUGACCAUCCGGGUUCACGGUGCAUUCAGGUGACCCCGUUUUGAAUAGGGAAAAGCAAAGAUCGCUUUCAACAAUGACCUGAAAAUGCGCUUUUACCUUCUCAUUUUCGCUUGGUCGUCACAGACCGCUGUACCUUAAACGGCCUGACAUUCUACAAAGUAUUGUUUUAAAUACUUUUUUGUUUUGAUAUUUGGUUUAUUCGGUCAUUUUUCCCGAGACAGGAUGGACUCGAAGUACACAGAAACGAGCAGUCCCGUUCUUGUGCACAACCCUUACCUCUGUGGGCUGAAAGAUGACAUCUUGUACCACUUCAGUCUGGGAACAGGGACACACAAUCUUCCAGCUCUGUUUGGAGAUGUCAAAUUUGUGUGUGUUGGGGGCAGCGCUUGGCGAAUGAAAGAGUUCAUUGAGUAUGUUGCUGCAGAGCUUGGGAUGCAAGACCCCAAAUCAGACUACCCUAAUAUUUGUGCUGGAACAGACCGAUAUGCCAUGUACAAAGUUGGACCUGUACUCUCUGUUAGUCAUGGAAUGGGAAUCCCAUCCAUGUCGAUAAUGUUGCAUGAGCUCAUAAAGCUCCUCCAUCAUGCACGAUGCACAGAUGUUACAAUCAUACGCAUUGGAACAUCAGGUGGUAUAGGGCUUGAACCGGGGACUGUCGUCAUUACCAAACAAUCUGUGGAUGCCACAUUCGUGGCCAAAUUUGAGCAGCUGAUCUUGGGCAAGUUAGUGGUCCGUGACACUGACCUGGACUACACCCUUGCUGAGGAACUGCUUCAGUGCAGCAAGGAGCUGGGCCAGUUCAAAACUGUGAUGGGAAACACCAUGUGCACGCUGGAUUUCUAUGAAGGUCAAGGCCGCUUAGACGGUGCAUUCUGCCUGUACACGGAGAAGGACAAGCACAAAUACUUGACAAAAGCUAAAGAAGCAGGCGUGUGCAAUAUUGAGAUGGAGUCAACAGUUUUUGCCGCCAUGUGUAAACUAAGCGGCCUGCGAGCGGCCGUGGUUUGCACAACAUUAGUGGACCGCCUAAAGGGAGACCAGCUGAGCAGCUCCAAGGAGGUUCUCCACAGCUACCAACUGAGACCUCAGAUCCUCGUGGGGUACUACAUUAAGAAACAGGUUGAAGCACUGAAAAUUCUUCACAGAUGACCACUUUUUGCCAUCAUGACUGUGAAUUCCUGAUGUCUCAACUUGAAAUAUGAAUGCACAUUUUACUUGAAUUAACUAUUUUUGUGCUGGUUCUUUUCCUAUUCAAGAGAAACAUCACUUUUUCUCAGUAUUGUAAUACAGUGCCUUGUUUUUAUUUGGCUGUAAUUUGUCAUUUCAAUAAAGCAUGCAGCUAUG